CCGCGCCAGCCAGCCCGAGCCGCGGCCCUGUCGCUGCAGCCCCCGCCAUGGAGAUGAAGAAGCGCAUCAACCUGGAGCUGCGGAACGGCGCGCCCGAGGAGGUGACAGAGCUGGUUCUGGACAACUGUCGCUCUAGCAACGGUGAAAUUGAAGGUCUGAACGACACAUUUAAAGAAUUAGAGUUUCUCAGCAUGGCCAACGUGGAGCUGAUGUCACUGGCCAAACUUCCAACCCUGACUAAACUUCGAAAGCUGGAACUGAGUGACAACCUAAUUUCCGGUGGUCUGGAAGCCCUGGCAGAGAGAUGUCCAAACCUCACAUGUUUAAAUCUGAGUGGCAACAAAAUCAAAGAUCUCAGCACUGUGGAAGCUCUGCAAAAUCUUAAGAACUUGAAGAGCCUUGAUUUGGUGAACUGCGAAGUCACAAACCUGGAAGAUUACAGAGAAAGUGUGUUUGAGCUGCUUCCCCAAAUCACAUAUCUGGAUGGAUUUGAUCAAGAUGAUAACGAGGCCCCUGACUCAGCAGAUGAAGAUGAUGAAGAUGGGGAUGAAGAUGAGGACGAAGAAGAUGAGGACAAAGCGGGGCCCCCAGGAGAAUAUGAAGAGAACGACGAAGAGGAUGAUGGUUCAGACUUAGGGGAGGGUGAAGGCGAAGAGGAGGAGGAGGAAGAGGAAGUGGGCCUUUCUUAUUUGAUGAAAGAAGAGAUCCAGGAUGAAGAAGACGACGAUGAUUAUGUUGAGGAGAGAGAGACUGAAGAGGAGGAAGCUGACAGCGUCCGAGGAGAGAAGAGGAAACGUGCCGCGGAGGAUGAGGGAGAGGAGGACGACGACUAAGUUGUAGGAAACAAAAUAGGACCAGAUACAUUAUGUUUGUUGCAGGAUAUGCAAUAGUGAUAUACAGACUUGUAUGUCUCCAUGUAUCAUAGGUUAUCCCUACAGAAAAUAUUAAUGUGUUAACUUUUUAUAGGAAGUGUGUUUUUACUAUUUUGCCCUUUGUAUCAUUCCAGCUAAGACAUAAUAAUAGCCCAUUAUCAAUCAUGUCCAUAGAACACUGUUUUUAUCCCUUUAAAUCACUGACCCAGUUUCUCCCCUUGCCCGUUAGAUGUUUUUUCAGGGUUUUUCCUACUGAGUUUUUACAUGCUGUUAGUUCUAGCCACAGUUAACUCAGACAGAUUCUACACAUUUUAAUCCAAACUUUGGAGAUUGUACUCUUUAAAGUCAAAUAUACUGCAGUGUGAUAACCAACUUUUCUAUAGUCAGACAUGAACUGGGAACUGUGUGAAAGCAAAGAAGGCAGGUAUUACUGAAGGGGGCUCAUUUUAAAGAGAUACCUGAGGAAUUCGUGGGCAGGCGGAAGUCCAAAACUUCCUGCUUGUUCAGAAUUUUGCUUCCCUCUCUCCUACGUAACACACACACUUAACCCCCUGCACAUCUUUCAGGAAUACAUAUAAUCAUUUCUCUGUUGAAGUCUUGCUUUGUUCUCAAAUGCUUGUGCUAUUGGGGGGGGGGGGAGGGGACAACCAACCAAAAAUUAUAACCUGGAAAUACCUAUUUACAAUUUGUCAUGUAUUUUAUUAUAGCCGUUGUAUUUCUUCAGGCUAACUAGAAACCAUGUUUCUGGUACAAACAGCAGACUUUACCUCUCGAGGUAAUUUUAGAAGCCUGAGGUACUUAGGUUUCCAUUAUUUUGUAAAGAGAGAAGCUCUUCUUUAUAUUUCAAUUUAAUCAGUGCUUCGCGACUUGCUUCACCAGUACGCUAAGUCUGUAGCAGAGCACAGAGAAAGGACCCAAGUUGUUUAAUCUCUGGAGAAGGGAAAUUGCAGGAAACUUUAGAUUUCUUGCUGUUUCCCUACACUCCUGAAGCCUUGUGGGGAGCUGAUUGUGCAGGGCUUCCUCUUUCACCACACAAAGGGCUAUGGAGAACGGUGGACUCCCUGGUCGUGGGUCAAGUUUGGACCACGAUCAUCAGAGGUUUCCCUUAAAAGUACGUUUCUUGCUGAAGAAAAGCUGCUGAAGGGACUUAACUCAGCAAGAAAUCCCAUCCAAACAUGAAGAACUUUGGAAAUGUUUUUCGCAAUAAAAUGUCUGAGAACUCAAGUUCUUUCUGCAGCCGAUGUGAUGGCAACGCACUGGCCCGCCUGGAGUUCAUAGAUUGCUUUUUCAAAAUUGAUAGAAAAUUGGGCACUUAGCACUCCUUCAGUCCACUGUCAUGACAAGCUAACCUGUAUUGUUAAAUAGAUAUUUUACCCAAAUAAUACACAGCUGUAUUCAAGAGAGACUAUUUUUUUAUUAUCUAUCCUGCCUAAGAGAAUCUGUCACUAAUUUGAGUAUAGAUAAAAGGGUUAUUUUUACAUAGAUGGUGGAGCUGGCCCCCUUUCUGCGCUUGCCUGUGAAUAUAAAUAAUGCAUUACACACAUUGGCACUCUUUGUAUGUGAAGUCAGACUCUAAUUUAGUCUUGAUGGCACUACAUUCAAGAAGAGCAGCAAAAUCUAGUAUUUUUUCCCCUGAAUUAUCAUUCAUAGAAUGGUAUAGCACAGCUAAUUUUAAAGGUGUUUGGACAGAAUUGUGUAUGGCAAAGAAACAGAAAUUCUGGAUAUUUUAAAUCCCUAAAAGGACUUGGUAAAGCUUUAUCCCUGUCUUGUUACUACACCUGUGUAUGCUUAAUGAAUUUUUUAAAAAUCUGAAAGUGCACAGAGUGUUGUCAUGGAGGUUCUGUAUUCAAAAGCAGUUGCUUUGUAUUAAUCCUGAUUUCUUUUAAGGUUCCCCCCAAUAUGUUCUGAUUUGAACUAUUUUUAAAACAACUACUCUCAGCAAAUAAUAAAACCUUCCCAUCACAAGAAAAUAAAAAAGAAUGAAAGUUGCCGGCUUAUAACGAUAAAUCAUAUGCGUAACAUGCCCCGGUCCCAUGACUUUUGUGCAUUCUGAUGUCCUGUGACGUUGCCCUCAGUUGUGAUGCCGGAAGUGUGCAGAUUUCCACGCACAAAGGGAUUUGCCUUCUGAUCUCGUUCCUCUGUUGAAAUUGACAGGGAGGGAUUUGUGAGCAGAAGAGCAAACUGUGUAUCCGAACGCCAGCACUAAGAGAAAGUUGAUGGUUUUUUUUUAAAAUGGAUUGUUUGAAGGAUACACUUUCAGUUACUACUAUCAGUAAAGUCUGAAUUCGUUUGUUUUAAAGACUGGAAAGUGUAGUGGAGUAAAAGCAAACCACGCUUACCGCAAUGGUUAUACAGGGCAGAUAACAAUAGUUUGACAGCUUUGUGUAUUAAAAAUAGUAUAACCAACAGGACGUAUUGCCAAAGUUUUUAGGUGUCAGCAUGCAAUCAAAAUAGAGCCUUUCUUCCCAUUUAAACAAAAAAAAAACCACAGAGCCUCUGGAUAAGUUUUAAAUAUCUCUUUUGCUUGUAGGGUUCUUUAAUGAAAACGAGUAAGGGCGGGUUUUAUAUUUUGUAGAGAUUUUUUGUCCUAUAUGAAUCCUCUUUGUAUGGCAAUAUGUAUAUAGUGCGUUCAAUUCCUUUCAAAUUCUGGG